AUGGCAGACGAGGUCAAGGAUGGAAGUGCCCUGGAGAAAGAGGUCAUCAGCUCGGAUGAGAGUUUGAAAGACGUUCCUGGAAAGACUCCUCUGGACGAGCUUCCUGAUCCCGAUGCUGGGCUGUCAGAUGAAGAGAGGAAGGCAUUGGACAAGAAGCUCAUGCGCAAGGUCGAUGCCUGGCUGAUCCCAUGGCUUUGCCUGCUGUACCUUCUAUCGUUUUUGGAUCGUACAAAUAUCGGCAACGCACGUCUAGCGGGCAUGGAAGAGGAUAUUGGGAUGACAGGUCGUCAUGACUACAACAACACCCUGACCAUCUUCUUCAUCUCAUACGCCUUGGCGGAACCCAUCACCAACGUCCUCCUCAAGCGUCUGUCCCCACGAGUCUUCUUCACCGGAAUCAUCCUCAUCUGGGGUCUGAUCAUGACGCUCAUGGGCCUUGUCACAAACUACGCAGGUCUGCUCGCCGCUCGAUGGUUCUUGGGAUUGGCCGAGGCUGGCCUCUUCCCUGGUGUCAACUACUACCUGUCUUGCUGGUACAAACGAUCCGAGCUGGGCGUUCGUGCUGCGACGUUCUUCUCGGCUGCCGCUUUGGCAGGUUCUUUUGGCGGGUUAUUAGCUGCAGCCAUCGCGGAGAUGCGAGGAGUCGGUGGAAAAGCCGGAUGGGCAUGGAUCUUCAUAAUCGAAGGCCUCGCCACCAUGUUCGUCGGCGGCUUCUGCUGGUGGAUGGUCUUCGACUGGCCCGACACCGCACGCUUCCUCACGCCCGACGAACGCCUGCGCGUCCGCCGCCGCCUCGCCGCCGACAACCAGUCCAGCACGGGCGAAGAAUACGACAAGCGCCACGUCAUCGCCGCCCUCAAGGACUGGAAGUGCUGGGGCUACGCCCUCAUCUACAUGGGCAACCUCUGCCCGCUGUAUGCCUUCUCCUUAUUCCUCCCCACCAUCCUCAACGGCAUGGGCUACUCCGGCACGAGAGCACAGCUCCUCUCCGUCCCGCCCUACGCCGUCGCGGCCUGCAUGACCAUCUUCAUCGGCUGGCUCGCGGACCGCACGCGCCAGCGCGGGCUCUGCAACAUGGGUGUGGUCCUGCUCGCCAUCGUGGGCUUCAUCAUGCUGCUCGCGUCCCAGGACCCCCAGAUCCAAUACGCCGGCACCUUCCUCGGCGCGGCGGGAAUCUACCCGACCAUCCCCAACACCCUCUCCUGGGCGUCCAACAACAUCGAGGGCGUCUACAAGCGCGGCGUCAUCAUCGGCAUCGUCGUCGGGUGGGGCAAUCUCAACGGCGUGGUGUCGAGUAAUAUCUACCUCUCGGAGGAGAGGCCGCGGUACUGGACGGGCCAUGGGACCGUGUUGGCGUAUCUGAUUGUGUGUUUGUUGGGCGGGACCGUGUUUAUGUAUACGAUGCUGGCGCUGGAGAAUCGGAAGAGGAGGAGUGGGAGGCGGGAUGGGAUGCAUGAGGGGAUGACGGAGGAUGAGAUUUGGGUGGCGGGGGAUAAGAGGCCGGAUUUUAUAUAUACAUUGUAA